UCCAAUUACCUUCCGGUUUUGAGAGUGAUCCGGGUUGACAAGCUGCUAUUAACACCGGUCUAAGGUGUCCCACCACCACCAUUCUCUGGACUCUGGUACUAUGAUGGCCGGCGGUUGUUCCGUCCUCUCUACUUCCCAGUCGUCAUGCCCCAAUAUUCUACUUCAAAGACAAUGUGCCUGCUAAUUCCCGUCGUUCUCGUUGAUGCUCGAUAGAUAUUAUAUUAGGGUUUUGGUUAAAGAGACAGUUGAAAUGUUUUAACGUAUUUUUUACUUAUACCAGUUGGAAAUCAAGGAUACCUACUGGAGCUGCGUUCCAUCUUUGCCUUCCAUAUCUUCCUCCUUAAAGAAAGAUGAGCUAUCCUGGAUUAGUUAUCACUUAAAGAGGUUAUGAUAAUAAGGGGGUAUCUUUCAGGUGAGAAGAGAGAAAGGAGACUAACGACCUUCCUGUAAACUAAUUAUAUAUAACGCCAACCAACCCAAUGGAUCGACAAGCUCACGACUAUGCAGCAGCGAUGGCUUAUGCUCAACAGCAGCAACAGCAAGCAGCCAAUAUUCAACAGCAACAACAAUUUGGGUUUCAUCCACAGCACCAGCAGUUCCCUCAGCAGGUUCAUGGGCCUCCUUUUGUACCUCCACAUCCUUCUCUUCAACAGUUUCCUUUCCACCGGCACUUGCAGCAGCAGCAACUACAUCCCCAUCCUCACCACCCUCACCAUCUUCUUCAUCUACGGCAGCAACAACAACCAGCACCAACAUUUCCCCCUCAUAUGCCUCCUCAACAUGUUCCCCCACCUUUCCAUAGUCCAUUCGAUUCUGCUCCACCCCCAGCUGUUCCCCCCUCUGAUCCGGAGCUCCACAAACGCAUUGAUAAGCUUGUAGAAUAUGCUGCUAAAAAUGGUCCUGAAUUUGAAGUCAUGAUCCGUGAGAAGCAACGAGAUAAUCCUGAUUACAGUUUUCUCUUUGGUGCUGAGGGGCAUGAUUACUACCGUUACAAACUUUGGUUAUCCACAAGUCCGUCGGGUGCUCCUUUCAAUCCUUCUUUCCCUUCCUCCUCUAUACCUAUGAUGCCUCCUCCUCUGAACCCUAUGAUGAAUCCAUCUUCCUUAAAUCAUUAUCCCUUGAAUGCCCCAGCAGCUGCUGGAAUUUUGGGUGCUCAUCAAUUGCAUCAGCCUCCUUUUCCACCCUUUUAUGACCAGCACCAGCACUCUCAACCUUUUCCUGCACAGCCUAGACCAGAUUAUGAUCCUUCAACCAAGUCCUUCAAGGGUCUCUCCGGACCCCUUCCUUCUGAUGUUGCUGCUGAGCUCAAUAACGUUCUCAACAAUCUCACUGGUACCAAGGAGUCAAUAAAAGGUGCCAAGAUUUGGUUUAUGCAAAGGUCUCCAUUUGCACCAGCUCUAGCUGAGGCCCUUAGAGAUAGGGUACUUGCUCUUGAUGAUUCUGAGAGACAGUUGCAUAUAAUUUAUUUGGCCAAUGACAUUCUUUUUGACAGCUUGCAAAGGCGGAUCAAUCCUCGUGACCUUGAUAAUGAGGCCCUUGCCUUCAAACCUAUUCUUGGUUCCAUGCUUGCCAGAAUUUACCACAACCCUCAUAAUAAAGAGGCAAAUCAGUCUCGAUUGCAAAAAAUUUUACAGUUUUGGGCUUCAAAGGAAGUCUAUGAUCCUGAUACUAUAUACUCACUUGAGGGUGAGAUGAUUGGUGGACCUCCAAGUAAUUCUUUUCCAGGGCAUCCUAAGGAGUCAUCUACCUCCUCAGUGGAUCCAUCAAGUGCUGCUGGUUUGCAACAGCAAAUAUCUCAUGAUGCCUCUAAAUGGCAGCAGGAUAAGCCAGGAGAUUCGGUGCCAGGUUUACUAGAUCAAGAGCAACCAGAUAAACAAGUGCCUACUGUCAUUACUGUGCAAUCAUCCCUUUCAACUUCCCAGUUUGCACCUCCUGUACCCCAGCAAUUUCUUUCAAGCUCGGUCCCUCCUGGCCUUUACCCACCAGUUACUGCAUCUCCUUUUGUGGGGUCUGGACCACAACCUACUCAACCAGUUACUUCAAAUGUUGGCAUUGGAGAAAAGGUGCCUCCUUAUCCCUUGUUCCCACCUGGUCUUAUUCCUGGAAUGGUAAGGAAGAUGCAGAUUGGUAGUGGGGUACCAUACUCUCCCAUGAGCCCUCUAGACAUUCCUACUGUUAUCCCUCCAUCCACUGUAUCUCCUUCAGAAAUUCUUGAGAGAGUUUCAAAGUUCUUCAAAGAGAUUGGCGAAGUUAACCCAUCAGAAGGGCCCAUGAAACCAUCAAAUUCAAAUGAUGAAGAUGAUGAGUACGAUAGGGAGUCUCCAGUUCGCAAGGGAGGGGCAUGCAUUCCUCCUCCUCCAAACCUGCUGCAUGUAGAUCCUGAGACAGGAACUUAUGCUGAUGGAAGUGUAGAACAGAAACCAGGAUCUAGUGGCUCGGGAAGAUUGGGACUUGGGGCGACAGCUAAUCCAAAUGAAGUGAGUCAAUAUGAUGAUGUUUAUACUUCUUAUAGGAAACAGAGGAGCUCCAGUUACCAUUCGUCCAUGAGUGCAAGAGCUGCAGCAAAGUAAAAGAAUUUUGAAUUAGGAUUACUGUUUUCGCAAGGAUGUAUGGGGUUUUGCAACCUCGAUUGAAUAUUUAUGCUAAUGUAGGCUACAUGCAGCGUUAUUUGAUA